GUGAGCGCCGUCUCCCUGAUGAGCUCCGAAGUGUGUGCUCACGCUCGCACAUGCAGCAUAAGACCUACACACAUACACACACACCCGCCCUCGCCUACUUUCAGAGCCACGCUGGAGGGUUCAACAUAAGAUAAAGACGCGCUGUUGGUUGCAGCCAGAGAACAAGGGAAAGAGAGAGAAAAGAAUCCAUUCACUUCCUUCCUUCACUCGACUGUUGUGAGGAGACCUUGCUCAGCUCGCUCUCAUCUCUGCUUUUGGAGAGAGUCUUCUACACAAACACGGACAAGUGAGCACAUGCAGUCACAGCAGCUUGUUGAAGAGGUUGGCUGUCCAAAUGGCUUCUCCAGGGAGCCUGGGGGUCCAUCUGGUCAGCACAUCAUAACUUCUCCAGAUCUGGCCAAAGAAGUGGUCAUCUCCCCUGGACUGCCAACUCCACCUUUCAGCCCCAUCUGCUUAGCAAGGCUUCCUUCUGCAGAGGUCAAGGCCUCUGAUUUCAACGGCGGUGGCCAAACUACUCCCAGCUUUGGAUCAUACUAUGGCCCUCCACAUGGGGGGCUCACCAAUGGGGUCCAACCGUCUCCCACCAGAGAGGAAAGACUCAUCAAAUUCUCAGGAAUUGGCCCAGUGGACGAAACUGGGAUGCCCAUUGCACCUAGAUCUAGUGUAAACAAGCCCAGAGACUGGUACAAGAGCAUGUUCAAACAAAUACAUAAGAAGCCGGAGGAUUUGGAGCAGGAGGAUUCUCAUAGGUGGUCAGCCAGAUCAGGCCUGCAGGGCUCUGCGAACAACAGGGAUGAAGAAAGUGAUAAAUACUUCAGGCUAUCACCACAUGGAGCCUUGCCUGACUGGAGCCAAGAUGUUAGCGAGCUGUCAGAUCCAGGGAAGCAGAAGCCUAAACCCAAGAGCAUUUUUGACUUUGAGUCUGAAAAUGAUGUCCCUUCAGUGAACCUCCACCAGGGUUAUCGGCCACCACAAAAACAGGUUGAGAAGUCAAAGUCUCCAUCAGUUGAGGCCAGUCUAGUCUCUGAGCUGAGUCGCUUUGAGGCCGAGUUGGACUCAGAUAUCCAGGGCCUGGAGCAGAGACUGUCCCAGAAGAAGCAGCAGCGUCAAGGCUGGGGUGAGAAUACCAAGAACGGGGACCCGGUAAUUGCUGCGCGAGCUGGAAACACAAACUACAGCAACCACACCGUGCCAAAGCAGCCCAUCCAACACUCUGUUGGCCCCUCUUCAGCCUUCGAUCGACUUUCCGCUGCCAAUGACACGAUGGAGCACUCGCCUAAGAAAGAAGAAAAAAAGAUGAAAGCAGCUCGAGUCAAAUUUAAUUUCCAGGCUCAGUCGCCAAAGGAGCUCACACUGCAAAGGGGCGACAUUGUUUACAUCCACAGGCAAGUCGACGGCAACUGGUUUGAAGGAGAACAUCACGGUAGAGCAGGCAUCUUCCCCACCACAUAUGUAGAGGUUUUGUCGCCUUCUGAGAAGCCAACCCCUAUAAAGCCUCCCAGUGUGCAGGUGCUGGAAUAUGGCGAAGCAGUAGCACUGUACAACUUUAAUGCUGACCUUCCAGUUGAGCUUGCCUUUCGAAAAGGGGAAGUAAUAAGUAUAACCAGAUGUGUCGAUGACAAAUGGCUGGAGGGGAGAAUCUCAGGGACCAACCGGAGUGGCAUCUUCCCUGCCAGCUACGUUCAGGUCAACAAGAUGCCCCGCACCAAAUACUCCACAGAUGACUACUCGUCAAGCCCCAUGUCUCCUGGACCUCAAAGUCCAGGACGUCCACUCCACUCACCUUGCCUGCAGUCUCCAUUGUUUCCUCUCAGCCCCGCAAGCAGCAGCCCCAAACGAGAGCACUCCCCCCAGCAUCCAUCUUCACCUUUGACUUCUACGGCAGCAGCACAGUCGCACUCACACCUGUCAAAAGAAUCAGCCAAUCGGUGGCCCCACAAUUCCUCUAAACCUACUUCACCAGCCAACCACAGCACUUUCAGCUCUGCAUCACCUUCUGCUUGGUCAGCCACAUCUGCACAUUGCACAGGGGGGGCCACAGUAAACAUUCCCAGAUACAAUGAUUCCUCACAGGGUGCACACUCUAAUCCCGCUGCCAACUCCUACCUACCUGCACAGGUGUCGAACACCGCUAGCUCCACAGUGGUGCAACAUAAACCGUAUAAAGCUGUUUACAACUACAAACCACAGAAUGCAGAUGAGUUGGAGCUCAGAGAAGGCGAUAUUGUACAAGUAAUUGAGAAAUGUGAUGAUGGCUGGUUUGUAGGUACGUCAGAAAGGACUCAUGCAUUUGGGACUUUCCCUGGGAAUUAUGUGACACCAGUUUGACUUCUUGUUUGACCACUCUCACGAGGAUUCACAAGAACCACACUCAUCACCUACUUAAAGAUGGACAAGCAUGAUCACCCUUUUCCCCUUUGACCGGAGAUAAUACAAAAAAAGGUCCUCACCUCCCCGCAUGAGUGUGUUGCACUGGCUUCAUACUUAAAUAUACACACAGGAAAAGGAAGAUUGGAUGCUCACGACUUGCGAGGAAUGAAUGCCCCCCCCCACAACUAUUUAACAGCAAAUUUGUAUUUGUCUUUAGAGUUAUAAAUGUACCUUCUAAAGACCUGCACUUAGCCGCAUCGUCACCUCAAACCACUGAAUGAAAUUUAUGUGAAUUUUUAAUAUUUUGUGGAAUCGAUACUAACAUUUCCAUAAAAUCUUUGUCUCAGAAUGUUUUUCAGAUUUUUGAAGAAGUUGGAAGACGCAACAUGACUUAUCUAGAAAAGCUCUUAUAAGAAAGGAAAAAUACGUGCCCUUUAUAUCCAUUCACAAUGCUUUUACGAAACGCGCAAUUUCAUGGCAUGUGCACUGCUCCACCUCAAUCGAAUGUUAAAUGUUCAGUUGUAUUGUUUUUAUUUUUGAAAAACAAGAAACAAAACUUUUUCUCCUCUCUUCGGACGAGGUUUGUCUAUUCAAUUGUUUGUCUUCUGUUUUUUUUAAAGUUGGCUUUUUUCCCACAAGGAACUCACAGUGCGCUUUAUUCGGAUGCUAUUAGCUCAUUAUAAAUAUAUUUCCUGCUAUUAACCAAACUCGAAGAGAUAAAAAGAUCUCUUGUGCCAAAGUUAGAAUCGAGUUGAAUCUUUCCACCCCUACUUUUUCUUUUUUUUUUUUUUUUUUAAAUAAAAUAUUUUGACACAAUCACUGUAAAAUUAAUCAUGUAGCCUGAAGAUGGUUGUACAAAGUGUGACCUUUUAUAAAAAUUCCAAAGUGUAAUAUAUUUGCCUAAAUGAAUUAUCAGCUUUUCCAAUAUAGAUGGUAUGGUAUUUUUGUAAACCUUUAAAAUAAAUGCCAACUGUUGCAAAAUUUA